ACCUUUGUCUAUGAGAUUGUUGUAAUGUAUUUAAAGUGUGGCUGAAGUUGGGCAAUGCCCUAAUGACACUAGUCAAGGUUAUAACCGUCAAAAAAUUGAACUGUUGCGCGUGUUUGCGCUAAUUGCAGCAGAACGGAGCAACAUCAGCAGCAGCACAGUUCUGCAGUGUUUGUCAACAACGUUAUUCAUUAAAUAAUGUUCGACGUUUAAUUAUUUAUCAUUUAAAUUUCAGUUAAUUGCGACAUCGACUUUGAAAAUAGUAUGGCAUCAGAAUCAGGUGCUCAUAUUAUCCACCGAUGCAAUUCGGAAGGAUCCGAAAAUUCGAAAAAAAUAUUGAUUAACCUGUUUCCAAAACAAGCAGACUGCUCUUAUGUUUCUUGUUAUUGUGAAGAAAACGUUUAUAAACUAUGUCAAGAUGUAAAAAAUAAACACCCUUCUGAGCUGCAAAAUUGUUAUGUUGUCUUUAUUUCAAAUGCUAGUCGUACAGUGCCCCUCUGGAGACAGAAAGCAGGAAAAGAAGAAGAUAAACUGGUCAUAUGGGAUUAUCAUGUAAUAUUCUUGUACCAUCCUGAACCAGAUAAGUGUUUGGUAUAUGAUUUGGAUUCUGAGUUACCCUUCCCAACAUUUGUACAUAAAUAUGUAACAGAAACAUUUCGCACUGAUCACAUUCUAAAGUCUGAUUAUUUUAGAUAUUUUCGAGCAAUUCCUGCAUCAGACUUUCUGAAAGAUUUUGCGUCUGAUAGAAGGCAUAUGAAACGACCUGACGGUUCAUGGAUCAAACCACCCCCUAAUUAUCCACCAAUCUGUUCAGCCACGAGCAGUCACAAUAUGGAUGAAUACAUUCAGAUGGAUCCAAAUAAGGGACCAGGGCAGGUAUUAAAUUUGACGCAAUUCGUGCAACGUUUCUACAAAACUCCGACGUAGUUCUGGUAAAACGAUGGAGGAGCACUUUCCAAAACGUCAAUUUUCUCUUCGUGGUCUUAUCGCGUUUUUGAUUGUCGUUGACUCGACCAGACGCAAAAUUUUUUGAUAUCCAAGGAUAAUCCUCCUCGGUGGUCGUUUGUCUCUAUUACGCCGAUUGAUGUUUAUCAUUAUUAUUUCAUUGCUUAUAUUGAAAUUCUACGUACAUAUAACCGUUUUGUAGGCACAAAAUUCAUACAUAUAAUUAAAUUACAAUUAAUUUAAUGUAACAAAAGAUAAAACUUCGAAGUUCCAAAAUUAUUUUUAUUUCUCACUACGAUCGUUUCACCACACCGAAAUUGUGCGAAUUUAACCAUCUAACGAAUCUACUGUGUGGCGAAACGAUCGUUGUGAGAAAUAAAAAUAAUUCUGGAAUUCGUAAAAGUAUUUUCUAUUAAUGCAUUAAAUUAAUAUGGAGUUUCAAUAUGUAAGUGCUAAUACAGUGAACAAAUUACAAGUAAUUAUAUACUCUUAAAAAAAUACGUACACGUUACAUAUACAUGUAUGCAUAUAUUAAAGUUAUUUGAACUGUUUCAAUUAUAUAAAUGUUUAAUAAUCAUAAGGAUUUUUCGAGUUUUUAAGAACUUAUAUUACAAACGCAUUCAAUAUUUGAAUACUAUUUGCACGAGAAUGCACAAGCCAUUUCACUGUGCCAAUUUUUAAAAUUCGUUCGAAUUCAAACGAUUUUAAUGAAUAUUUACGUUUUCAUUAUCAAUAUUAGGCACUUGCUUCUUGUUUUUCCUAUCCUGAGCAUAUCUUCGCCUCUUUUGAAAACAAGAACAUUCCAUAUUUCUUCUUUGCCAGCAGUCAUCUAAAAUAGUCUUCCUCUGCCACUUUACUCCUUUUUUUCUUCUAAUAUGUCCAUCUAGUCCUUCAUAUCUUAUAAGGCGUUAUGCAAUUCUAUCUCUCCUUUUUUGGCUUAAAUUGAUUUAUUUUUGUUCAAAGUGUUUGACCUGCUCUAUUCAUUAUUUGAUGCGUACUCGUUUUUGAUAACGUUAAAAAAGUAUCCAUCUAAUAUUUCUUUUUUGAAAGCAGGGACCAGAAAUAAAUUACAAUUAAUUAUAGGUGUCUUUUUUUGUUACUAAUGACAUUGGAAAUAAAUGAAAAAAAUUGCGAACGAAUUUUAAGACAAUGCACAUUUUUUUAACAAUAAGAAAUUGUUUGAUUUGUUUAAUUUUUUGUUUACUUUAUUGAGCAAUGCAUAGUUGUUUAUUGUUUUUUAGUAUUUAAUUAUUAACGAUCAUAUUAAUAUAUUAUGUAUCCAUCCAAUAUUGGUCCACUUCAUAACAUUUUCGAACUUUAAAAUAAUGACAAUCAUUUUUAAAACUUCAUGUUUUUAUUAUUUCCAAUGAUG